AAAUUACAGUCAUAUGACCGUCGUUACGCGAGAACGACAUCACGAUUUUGUGAAUAGGCGUUGACUCUUUCAUCGAGCUCCUGAAUUAAAUUUGUCUCUUAAAUAAGAACUGUUCCUGUCAAUUGUAAAAUUUAUCGUUAAAUAAAUUAACAAAAAAAUCUGAUCAUGGCGCUAAGCGAUGCUGACGUACAAAAACAGAUCAACCAUAUGAUGGCUUUCAUAGAACAGGAAGCCAAUGAAAAGGCUGAAGAAAUAGAUGCCAAAGCCGAAGAAGAAUUUAAUAUCGAAAAAGGACGUCUUGUCCAACAGCAACGGCUUAAAAUUAUGGAAUAUUUUGAAAAGAAAGAAAAACAAGUCGAAUUACAGAAAAAAAUUCAGUCUUCGAACAUGCUUAACCAAGCUCGAUUAAGAGUUUUAAAAGUACGCGAUGAUCAUGUACGUAAUGUUCUCGACGAAGCUAGAAAAAGAUUAGGUGAAGUAACUCAAAAUCCAAACAAAUAUAGCCAAAUUUUGAGAUUGUUAAUCACUCAAGGUCUUUAUCAGCUUAUGGAAACUAAUGUUUUUAUCCGUGUUCGUCAAGUUGAUCUUUCCAUUGUAGAUUCUCUUAUAGAUUCUAUACAGCAAGAAUAUAAAGAAACUACAAAGAAAGAGGCUUCUCUUAAAAUAGAUCAAGAAACUUUCUUACCUGCCGAAAGUUGCGGCGGUGUUGAAUUAUUAACGGCUAAAGGUCGCAUUAAGAUCAACAACACUUUGGAGUCACGGUUAGAGCUAAUUGCUCAACAACUGAUACCUGAAAUUCGGUCUGCUUUGUUCGGUAGUAAUCCUAACCGCAAAUUUACCGAUUAAGGAAAUUAAUUGCAUCAGAAAUUCACUGAUACAUUCCCUUUUAAGCAGCAACCAAUAAACAUUUGAAAUGUAUUGUGUAGGUUAGUAAAUAGUAUAUGACAAUAUCUUUCUUUUUUUGCAUAAAACUGCAUGUAUGAUACGUUUGGUUAUAUAAAUCGUGACUUCCUCUAUCUUUAAUUGGCUCUAUGGAAACAUGUUUUUCUGUACAAAAGAAAGAAGGAAAAAAAUAUAAAAUUGAAAACUACUAUCGUUUCAGCAAAGACUUGUGUAUUGUUAAUAGAAAGAAAUGAUAUAAAAUAUAUUAUACAUGAGUCUAAUACAAUUCCAUUUUAAUAUAGCUAAAUUUUUUCAAUGGGUAACAACAUCAUAUUGUUAAAUACCACAAUCUGAUAAAUAUUAGCUAUAUACAUAUGCAUAUACAUAUACAUAAAAGAUAUAUAACAUAUUGUUACAAAAUUCUACUGUACAUGCACAGUGUUAUGUGGAUAAUGAAGUUAACGAAUGAUCUAAUUUAAUACUAAACAGAACAUUCUGCUUUUCAAUAAGUGCAAUAUCAUUGUGUCAGUUAAUGGUAUUAAAUGUUAAUAACAUUGGUAUUUGUUAAAGUAAAAAAAA